AUGAGGGCAUACUCGGAAAGUGCUUCGGCACCACCUCAAAAUCGAUUCCAUCGUUCUCAGGUUCAUCUGAGCUCGGGUCGCACGUACCAGUAGACCAUAAACGUAGCACGUUAAGUUGAGCGCGGUUGCCCGCCGAUUCCCUGCAGUCCGAGUCCGAGGAGCCAGGAGGUGCCAAUUGGGCUCAAUUGGGGGCGAUCGAGACGCGAGACACGCGCGCGAAGUGUGUGCCUUUCUCUCAACCUCCGCGUGGCCGGCCAGUCAGUCCCCUUUCGACGUGGACCAACACACCCUGUUCACCGCUUCCCCCAAUCACCAGUACGUCCAUCCGAGCAACGUGGCGCAGUUUGAACGCACGCCACCCCUGCGCGUUGACUGAGAUGAAGCGCGCGACUCGACGCGCUGGCCCCCAUGCUCACUCCCUCAGACCGACCCGCACUAACACUCCGUACCCACACCCACUUCAGUGGCCGAACGAAGAAAACAAGAGAUCCUCGACAAGAAGGCCAAGCUCGCCGAACUGAAACGAGCGCGCGAAGAACGCAUCCAGCUCUCCUCCACCUCCUCAUCGCGUGCAUCGGCCUCCCCCGCCUCGACUCGUCCUUCGUCCGUCGCUUUGCAUGAGAGGGUGCAUCGGAGUGAGGAGAUUGACGCGAUCCUCAAGAAUGCUGGAGUGGUCGGACCGUCGCUUUCGAGCGGGUUCGGCACGAAGAGCGCGGAGGCGAGCCCCAAAAGGGGGACAGCGGGUUCGAGCGUAGGUGCCGGCGAGGACUCGAGUUCUACACCCGCUCCGAGUAGUCCUGGAGGGCCAUCGAUAGCGAGUGCACCUUCAGAGUCAGUCCACAAAAAUCCUACGAGCUGAACGAUGCAUCGUCUGGAUCUGACCCGAAUCUUCAACCCCCCUCCCAGUCCGACACCGACGAUAGAAGCCAACGAGGCAGCAGCCCCCGUCGCAGCACCACAACCCGUCGCAGCUCCAACAACAUCAGCACCCCCAGUCGUUGUCGCCCCACCCAAGGUACUCUACGACAAGUCCAUCCAGACCUCCCAAUCGACACCGCUCACCCGUGCAGCCUGGACCACCACCUCCACCUCGACCGACCCUACUCGUUCCCCCGAUCCUUCUUCCUCUUCCCACGACCCCGUCGACACCUCCGCCGCAGGACGCGAGAACGCCGACGAACUACGUGCGCGCAUCCUCCGUGAACUCGAAGAAGAGCGUCUGUCCCUUGAAGCCCAAAUCGCGCAGGAGAAACGACUCGCCGAACAAGAACUUCGAGCUUUGAGAAGCAAAGGACUUGCACCUCCUGAAUUGGCGAACGUCUUGGGUUCGGGCGGAUUCCUCGAGUUCUUGGAUUCGAGUACCAAAAUUGUUCAAAGGGCCUUGUCGGAUUCGUAUGACUAUUUAAUGGACUAUUCGGUCAAUGCCAGUCAGGAAGGGGAGGAAGGUGAUGGCGCCAAGGUGAGAUUGUUGGGUGGGUGGACGGAUGAUAAGGUCGUGAGAGGGAGGAGCAUCACUGCGGUCGAUUGGAGUCCCAAGGUCAGUGAGGGCAUGUGGUGGUGACUCAAAGCGCACGGCGCUCACCUCUUUGUUUUACUGCCCCUAGUUUCCCGAAUUAUUCGUCGCGAGCUAUAACAAGACCUCCUUGACCGUUAACGAACCCGAUGGCAUCGUCUGUGUUUGGAACCUACACCUUCGCGAACGACCCGAAUACGUCUUUCACGCACAGUCCGACGUGCUCUCCGUCUGCUUCUCCCCCUUCCACCCGAACCUCAUUAUCGGUGGCACGUACUCGGGUCAAAUCCUUCUCUGGGAUACGCGGUCCAAACACCCAUACGCGGUCUUCAAAACCCCCCUCUCGGCGGCAGGUCACACCCACCCCGUGUACUCGCUCUCGAUCGUCGGGACGCAGCAUGCGCAUAACCUCAUUUCCGCCUCCACGGAUGGCACGGUCUGCGCAUGGACACUAGACCUCCUCGCUCGUCCUCACGAGACCCUGACCUUGACGCAUCCGAGCCAUACCAAAACGGAAGAAGUUUCCAUCACCGCUCUCGCCUUUCCCUCCGCCGACGCCGCCUCCUUCUGCGUCGGAACGGAAGAAGGUAACAUUUACACCGCGCAACGUUACGAUCGAGCGGGUUCCAAAGCCGGUUUGGUCAUGACGGAGGUCUAUAAAGGGCAUUCGGGCCCGGUGACGAGUUUGGAAUUUCAUCCACCUACCGGUUCGGUCGAUUUGAGUGAUUUGUUCCUUUCGAGUGGGGUCGAUUGGACGGUCAAAUUGUGGCGAUUGACGAACCCGAACGCAACGACGAGCUCGACUUCGACCUCGCAUAAGACGAACCCUUCUUCCACAUCCACUACCUCUUCCAAUACCAACUCGAACCUUAUCGCCAAACAACCUACAGGAAGUACCUUGAUCAGACCGCUCUUCUCCUUCGAAGAUUCAACCGAUUACCUCUUCGACGUCAAAUGGCAUCCCCAUCAUCCCUCCAUAUUCGCAACCGUAGACGGAUCAGGUAAAUUCGAUUUAUGGAACUUGAAUAUCGACGCCGAGGUGCCGUUGGUUUCAACUGUGGUGGGGGAAAAGGGUUUGAAUCGACUUUGUUGGGAUAAGGAAGGGAAGAAGGUCGCUUUGGGUGGGGCGGAAGGGAAAGUCUGGGUUUAUGAGGUUCAUCAAGGUAGGUCGGGCAGUCGAGGGGAAACUUUUUCGAAGGGAAACCAGGGAAGAAGCUGA